AUGGGCAAGAAAGCUGCGGUGGAAGAAGAUGAGAGAAAACUUCGCAUCGCCAUCGUGAGCACGGAUCGCUGCAAGCCCAAGAAGUGCAAGCAGGAAUGCAAAAAGUAUUGCCCCGUCGUGCGAACGGGAAAGCUUUGUGUGGAGGUCAGCAAGGAUUCCAAAAUCAGUUGGAUCUCCGAAUCGUUAUGCAUCGGCUGUGGCAUUUGCGUGAAGAAGUGCCCUUUCGAGGCCAUCAACAUCAUCAACCUGCCAAAGGAUCUAUCCAGCCACACAACCCAUCGAUACGGCCCGAAUAGCUUCAAGCUCCAUCGCUUGCCUACACCGCGUGCAGGACAAGUGCUGGGCCUCGUGGGAACAAAUGGCAUUGGCAAGUCCACUGCUCUCACAGUGCUCGCUGGAAAGUUAAAGCCGAACCUGGGCCGCUUUGACAAUCCUCCAGAUUGGCAGGAAAUUAUCCAGCACUUCAGAGGAAGCGAGCUGCAGACGUACAUCAAGGGCCUUCUCGAAGAUCGCCUUAAGGCGAUGAUCAAGCCUCAGUAUGUAGACAAGAUUGCCAAGCAAAUCGCGGGCACUGUGUCUGACAUUCUGAGCAAGAAAGAUGAGAAGAAAUCUCAGGUCUCAUCAGGAAGUCCAAAGCUGAAAGGAGAAGCCCCCAACAUCCCCAACUUAAUACCCGAGAAGGAAGGAAAGAGGCAUGUCAAGAUCACGUUCUCGUGGUCCCUGACUGACGGUUCCAGGAACUUGUCGCAGCAAACAGAGUCUCAAAGCUACUGGCUCCUACUGGAUGCUGUCGAGUUGUCCCGUGUGGACAAAGAGAAGUUUUGUCAAGAGCUCGAGCUCAUGCACUUGCAGGAACGCGAGAUCAAGGACUUGUCUGGUGGAGAGCUUCAGCGAUUUGCAAUCGCAGUUCUAUGCGUGCAAGAUGCGCAAGUGUACAUGUUCGACGAGCCAUCUUCAUACCUGGACGUCAGGCAACGUAUCGCUGCUGCUCAGGUCAUCCGAAGCCUGCAGACGACGGACAACUACAUCAUUGUUGUCGAGCACGAUCUGGCUGUUUUGGACUACCUUUCCGACUUCAUCUGCUGUUUGUGGGGAUCUGCUGGCGCCUAUGGAGUCGUUACGAUGCCCUUCAGUGUCCGCGAAGGCAUCAACGUUUUUCUCGAUGGCUUCAUCCCCACGGAGAAUCUAAGAUUUCGAGAGGUCUCCUUGACCUUCAAAGUCAGCGAAGACCUGGACCCCUCGAAACUGGAUCGCAUGCACAACACGGAGUAUCCAGACAUGUCCAAGCUGAUGGGCGACUUCAGACUAGACAUCAAGGCACGCGGUGUGCGCAAAUCAUUGGCGCUAAGUCUUCGGGCUGUUGUGUGGGGCUUGCUGGGGUCUGGUCAAAUCCUUCGGCAUCCUUCGGCCAUGGGGCGCAUCCUUCGGCGAUGGGGCAGAGUAUCGACAUGUACUGAAUGUUCUUGCACGAUGCAGCCAGUAUGCCAUAGCGCGCAGUUCGUGGCCUAUGGAGAAAGACGAGUGUGGUGUCCGCAAGCAGUUGUCAGGGACAGCUCCAGACAGACAACAAAAGCACCUCGAUAG